AAUGCAGAUUAUCUGAGCACAAGCCAGGACACCGAUCGCAGCAGCAUUGCGAUUUUUUUCCAGCUCUGGGAGAUUUUUUGAAUAAAAUGGAGCCGCAUCUCAAGAUCGAUGUCAGCUCCGCCAGCGGUUCGACGACCACUGGUGCAACAGCUUCAACAUCAGAAGCACCUCAAGACUCACAGGCACAGCAGACAAUGCCUCCACCAUCUUCUGAUUGGAGUAAUCAAUUCAAUUCUCCAGAAGCCGUGAGUCCGAAAGCCAAUGGUAUCAAAUGCUUCAGUCCUUACUCACAGGAAGAUAUGGGACCAUUUGUCGAACAACUUCUACCUUUUGUCAGAGCAAGUGCCUAUAAUUGGUUUCAUCUGCAGGCAGCAAAACGACGGCACUUCAAAGAAUUUGAUAAGAAGAUGUGUGCGAGUGAAGAAAACGCGAAAUUAGCAGAAUUACAAAAUGAUAGAGAUGAAUUAAAAGUGAAAUGGGCUUCCAGACUUUUGGGAAAAAUAAAAAAAGAUAUUCAAAAUGACGAUAAAGAAGCGUUUAUUUCGGCUAUCAAUGGAAGUGAGCCGAACAAGUGUAUUAUAUCAGUUGCUGAUCAGAAAGGGAAAAUGCGGCGAAUUGAUUGCUUACGCCAAGCUGACAAAGUUUGGAGGCUUGAUCUGGUUACUAUUAUUUUAUUUAAAGGAAUUCCUCUCGAGAGCACCGACGGCGAGCGUCUCGAACGAUCCGAGGCAUGUGUCCACCCUCUGUGCAUAAAUCCUUUUCAUAUGGCGAUUAGUGUUCGCGGUCUUGACGUUUUUAUGGCAAACUAUCUGAAAGACGUUGACACUAAAAUUACAUUGACCUAUCCGAGAAAUGAUGAACUUUCUGAUACAGUGAUGGUAAAGCAAGAGCCCGGUGAACAGACAAUUGUAGCUCCUCAUGCAGUUCUUGGCACAAGUUCUACUCAUACUCGUGUCUGGGAAACGAAUUCCGAACGAAAUGCGGAAACAAUCAUUAUCACUUAUGAUCCACAGAAAGCUUGCCAUACUUAUUUUGGUGGUCGUGCUACUCUUGCCCAACAGUCUCUUUCUGCGGGAAACACGUAUAUGGUUAACAAAACCGCAGUCGACAACAACUUUUUCAAUGCAAAAAGAUCUGUUCUAUGUCUACCACCUCCUCCGAUUCAAAAUUGUUUUCCUUAUCCCAUCGCGGGAACAUCUGAUUCUCAACAAAUGGAUAUGUCGGAGGAUUCCAACGAUGGACCUUCAGAGAAACGAAGUCGGGAUAUAUCAUCGCAUGAUUCUCCUAAUUCCAGCACUAACGACGAAGUUCGGCGGAUAGUGGAAAGUGGAACGGAAAAAUUGGUACUCGGAAGCUCCAUAUGGGCAGCACCAGGCCAAUUCUCUCGUACACAACAAAAUCAAGGAGCUCCCGGAACGAGUCGGCAAGUGAGACCGCUUCCCGAUUUUCAAAGUCAAGAUUCUGCGAGGAGUCCGGGUGCAUUCCGUUCAACAGCAAAACCCGUUUGUCGAAUGACAGUGAAUACUGGAAAUCAUGGCGAUGUUGGAGUCGUUGUUGUUGAUGAAAGAAAUCGGGAGCAUGUGAUUCAUGCUCAACAUAUAGUGAAUGCAUUGAGCUCACUUCGAACGACACCAUCGAUGCGAGAAAGUCCAGUUGGCAGAAAAAGAAUGCAUCCGCAUACGAGCAAUUCAUUUGAAUUUUUGAAUUGCAAUCAGGAAAUGAAUAAAAAUGAAGGAGCUUUAGGAAGCGAUAUUUCACCGACUCACACUGCUGUUUCUAAUCUAAUCAGCAGAGAAAGUAGUGGAUACAUGGCAAGCCCAACAAAAUUCACAACAGCACGCGGAGAUACAACAAGCUUCAGCAAAAUUUUCCAAAAGAUCGAAGAGAAACAUCUGCAACAUAAUCAACCGAGCACGAGCUACUGUAAUUCACAAAUCCAACCACCAAUCUUAUCAUCGAAACCAGUUGAUUCAUCAGUGAAAUUAAUUGCUCCAGUUGCAGUGAAACCAAUUAUGUCAGGAUGUAAUUCAAUCAUUCCAUCACCCAUCACAACUCCUCGUAUAACUCCUUCAUUUCGAAUGCUUGAAGAUGAUUCAUUGAUUAAUGUACUUGGACAACUUGCACACAGUAAUGACGGAACAACUUUAAACGAUAGCUUCAUUCAACAUCUUAUUGAUACCAAUUCUCGAUCUCCAUUGCUUAGUAGUGGAAAUGCUUUUUCGGCAUUAUCAAUGGGAGCUGUGAGUGGAUUAGUUCCUGGUAAUUCGAUUCAUCGUCCGGAUAGUUCUGCAAGCAACGGAUCGAAUUCGUUGGGUGUAGCAAUGGGAUUGGCCGUUCCUCAAAAUAUUGCACUGGCCGUCCAGCAAACUCAAAAUGCAAUGUCACCUCUUCAUCAAAUUCGUGUUAGCGUUGGAGCUCCACCAGCAUGCUCCCCGUCAUCAUCAAAUUCAUCUCUAGGAGCUGCAAAUCAAGCACCGGUCUCAAAUACUCCACAAGAUCCGAAUGCUCCAAAGCUGCCAACUGACUUUUCACAUGCUCUUCGUAAUGAGAAAAAAUGAUUUUGAUAUUCCUGUUAAUCUUUUUAUUCGUUUUAUUUAUCCCUUUCGUGUUACCAAUUGAAAAAUUAGAGUUAUCAAACCUAGUCCUUCUUUAGUAUUAUUCAAACUAGUUGUUAUUUUUAUUAUUUUCAUUUUUCUUCAAUCUUCAAAACAUUUUCUCCGUCUGUGACGUCAUAAUCUAUUUUUCCGAACCUCUUUUGAAAACCAAAAUCCACAAAAAAAUCAAUUGUUUACGGGGCCACACAUUUUCCCUUUUCUUUUCUUCACCGUCACCUCUUUAUCUUGUAAAUCUGAAAAACUUUGAAAAAACGUCGUAGCUAUGCACAAUUGUAAUCACCACUUCCAGUUUCCCAGUGUUUUCCUUUUAUGUUUUUUUUGCGUAUUUGAACCUCAUGUUUGCAUUUCUUGUGUGGGUAGUUCAGAUUAUUUAAUUUUUAAAACGUAUUUUAAUGAAUCUUGAAUUUU